GGGUGCCGGGACAGGCAGCGGGGUCGGGUCCGUCCGUGCGAGCUGCUUCUGGGGACAGACGGGCUGUGGCGGGGGUUGGGGGCCUGGCUGCCGAGAGGAAGGCUGCCCGCACCUCCCUGCUCUGCGCUGCGGGCCGAGCCCCCUCGGGAAGCGGUGGUUAGGGCCGCGCGGCUGCUCCUCAGGGCCUGAGGGCGCCUCUUGAGCGCUCCGGUCUCUGCUGUGGGAGCCACGGCUUGGCGCGGAGCUGGGCAGGCGAGUGCCGGCUGAAGUUACCUUGUUUUUAAACUUGGAACACCCGAAGCUUUAUUAAUAAUCAGCUCCUCAAGGCGGCUGCGGCGGUGCCUGUAGCCAGGCCCUUCCACAACAUCCUACAGCACCUCGGUGAAGUAGGAGGGUGCUCAGAGUGUCAUCUUCAGUCAUUACGAGCAGAAGGAAGCAAUGUUAACACCACAGCUGGCUGCCCGCUUGCUGAGGGCUUCACGCGUUGCAGGCCACCUCUUCCCCCGGGCAGUGUCUUCCUUCCUGUGCUCUCCUUCUGCACCCGUGCACUACAGCACACAGCCACCCAACAAGAGUGGAGCCCAGCCUCUGAAGUGGAGUGCUCUGGACCCUGAACUGGAGGAGCUGCUGAUCCCCAGAAAACUCUCCAUCAGUCCUUUGGAGAGCUGGCUGACUGUGAGAUAUUUCCUGCCUAAAGCAGGAAUUCCUGAGGCUGAGGAGGGAGCGGGUGCUGAACCUCAGAUGAGGUAUGACUGCCCCCCCUCGGAAGAGGGAGGUGAUGUGGAGGAAGGAGGAGGAGCCCCGGGCAACAAACUGCAGUGCAAGAAUGUUCUGAAGAUCCGCAGGAGGAAGAUGAACCGGCACAAGUUCAAAAAGCUGCUGAAGAGGAGGAAGUUUGUGAGGAGGAGGAUAAAGGAAGGGCGCAAGAAGAGGCGUCAGAUAAAGUUUGAGAAAGAUUUGGAGCGCAUCUGGAAAAGAGCUGGUUUGAAAAGUCCUCCUGCAGGAUGGCAAACACCCAAGAUAUUUCUGAAAAGUUCCAAGCGAUGAAAACACUUGUAAUGAGAUUUAACUCGUGAUUAUAAUUAAAAACAAAUCAUGAAGUACACGGAUGAGCUU